UAGUUAAAUGUUGAAGUAGUGUAGAACAAGACUCAGUGAGUCACCCACCCACACUGAGCUUAAAUAUAAUACUUAAAUGAAACACAUAACAAUCCCUUAUUUCUCGCUAAAUGUGCUAACACAUUUGUGUGUUUUUCUUCAGAUUUGACAAAUUCUGCUUCUUUCUCUGCUCUUCUUCAACUGAAAACUCAAUUUUUACCAUUAAUGCUGCUGUUUUUUAGAGAGAGAAACAGUUUUAGAGAGAGAAAGAGAUGCUUUGUCUAAAAACAGAAGUCCUCGACGACCACGACGACUCUAACAACAACAGUAUCAAUACUUAUACUAGUCCUACUAACAAUGGCAGUACUGGGUUUGGUUUUGUUUUACCUUUAAAUUUAGGAAGUUCGAUUCAUAAGUAUAUAUGGAAGACUGGUAAAGUGGUGUCUAGUCGAUCUAUUUAUUGUGGAGAUGCCUCUCCUUCUUCAGUAUGUGAUCUUGAGGAUACUAAAUCCCCGGAUGAAGGAAGUGGACAAUUGAAAGGUGGGAACAUGUAUUAUAAAUACCAGCUAGAGGAAGAUGUCAAAAAGUUGCAACAGCAGUUGCAAGAGGAGAUUGACUUGCGUCUAGCCUUAGCAAGCGCUGUUGAACACUCCGAUUCAUCUUACUCCAGUUCACCUUGCCAGAUUCCAGAUAAGGCCCAAGAGCUUUUGGAUAGCAUUGCUAUUUUGGAGAUUACUGUAUCUAAGCUUGAACAAGAAUCGGUUACCCUGCAAUAUGCGCUUAGUCAGGAGAGAAGUGAGCGGCGUAUUGCUGAGUACCGUUUAAGGCAUGUGGGCUGUCCUCCAUCACUAACAGUGGACUACUCUCAGCAGAGUAGACGUUGCAGCAAAGAGAAAGUAGAAGUAAAAGUCGAGGAUAAGCCCCCAUGGAAAGAUGUAACUGAAAAGCCAAAUAAGGAUCAUUUUGUUGAGAAACUUUGUUGCCACCCCAAUCGGCUCUCAGAGGAAAUGGUCUCGUGCAUGAGAGAUAUUUUUGUUUUCUUAGCAGAUUCUUCCAAGCACGCUUCUUCUGAGUGUACGGCUUCACCAUCUUCGCCUCAGGGGCACCUUUCUUACUCUUCUUUGACAUCUUUUCCAGACUCGCCCCAAAUGAGUUCAUUUAUGAAGAGUCCCACAAUUGAAACUGGGCAAGGGUUUGGCGUCUCUGAAAGAUAUUCCAAGGUUGAUCCAUAUAAUGUCCCUGGUAAGGUAGACUGGAUAGAAUGCAUUGGAGCCUACACUUUAGCAAUCGAGGUCUCCUGGUUAUCUGUUGGGAAGAAAGAACUCGAGUACGCUUCUGGAGCUCUCAAACGGUUUAGGUUACUUGUUGAGCAUUUAGCUGAAGUUGACCCAGCUAUCCUGAAUUGCAAUGAGAAGAUGGCAUUUUGGAUUAAUGUGUACAAUGCUUUGAUAAUGCAUGCAUUUUUAGCAUAUGGAGUUCCAAGAAGUGAUAUGAAAUUAUUUUCAUUGAUGCAAAAGGCUGCUUACACCAUUGGAGGACGUUCAGUCACUGCUGCUGACAUUGAGUUUGGAAUUUUGAAGAUGAAACCUCCAGCCCAUCGCCCACAAAUAGCCUUGCUACUCGCUCUUCAGAAAUUUAAGGUAACUGAGGAGCCCAAGUUCUCCAUUGAUCAACACGAGCCUCUCCUAGCUUUUGCUCUAAGUUUUGGGAUGCAUUCUUCACCAGCAGUACGUAUUUUCAGACCAGAAAAUGUGAAAGAGUUGCUUACAAUUUCAUUGAAAGAUUAUGUGCAAGCAUCUGUUGGUAUAAGCAGUAAGGGUAAAGUCUUGGUACCGAAGUUGUUGUAUUGUUUCACAAAAGGCAUUGUAGAGGACGUACAGCUUCCUGAGUGGAUUUGCCAGUUUCUUUCUCCCGAGCAAGCUGCCACGGUUAGAGAUUGUUUAUCUAACCACAAGUGGAGGCUCCUUGGUGCUCGAAGCUUUUCUGUUCUGCCCUUCGAUUCAAGGUUCCGCUUCCUUUUCCUGUUGUAGAAAAUUAUAGAGCCAAGCACCCAGUCAUGGAUGACCUUCUGGUUACAUCAAAUCUGUUGUACAGUUGCAUUUCAUUGAUAAAGAAGUUUUGUUUAUUGUUGUGGAAUCCAAAUCGACGAGUCCGAUUAUUAUGUAGAAAUCCAAUCUCUAGUAGCGGACCUAGAAUUUGAAGUUUUGUAA